CUCACAUUGAUGCCAAAUCGAAAUCUCAAAUUUAUUCGCGUUGGUCUACCGUUUUUUACGAUUGUUCUUGGUGGUGCUUACGGUCUGCACUACUUUCAACAAGUUCGAUUCGAUUUUCGUAAGCUCAAGCAGCAGGACGCCAAUUUAGAGCAUCUGAGAAGUGACUUGGAAAAAAGCGGCCUGCGUCUUCGCAAAAACGUUACCUUAGACACUGUUUACAAGGAGGUGGCGAAUCUUGACACAGAAAACUGGGAGAAUAUUCGAGGACCUCGCGAAUUUGAAGAUAAUUCCGAAUACCAGCAAAUCAAGUACGUAGAGCAGAGUCGGGAUAGGAAAACAGCUCAUGUAGCCCCUAUGCAUCUUAUAGAGCUCGUCAACAAGAGGAAAACAGAAGAUUGCGGGAGAAACGUUUGA